AUGGCAUGUAAACCGCCACUCUAUCACGGAGAGGUGGAUCCGAUAGUGUGCCAAAGAUGGUUGAGUGAUAUUGAAGGGGUGUUCGAGAGAACCCACUGUGAUACAAGUGACUUCGCAGCUUAUGGCAUGGGUCAGCUGAGAGGUCAAGCAAAAGACUGGUGGGAUAAUAAGAAAAAGGAAAUCGUAAGUGAAGCGGCGAAAGCAAUGACAUGGGAGGAGUUUAAAGUACCAUUCCUCAAACAUCACAGUCCUAAAGCGGUUAUCAAUCGAAUCAAAGAGGAGUUUAUUCAGCUUAGACAGAAAGGCGAAUCUAUUGCUAAGAUCACGGGGAUCUUUCUUGACAAACUGAGGUUUUGCGAUGAAUUGGUGACCUCCGAAGAACAGAAGGUGUAUUAUUAUUAUAACAUGCUAAGCACAGAGUAUCGGGAGUUCAUGACUCCCUCAAAAUAUGAGACUCUUACUGAAAUUAUCAAUACUGCUCGAGAAAGAGAAAUAGAGCUAAAGAAACAAAUUGAAAGGGGUGAAAGAAGGGCGCAAGAGGUUAAUCCAAGCCCUACGAAAAAGGCACGCAUGACUGACUCAUCGAAGAAGCAAGAAGGAAAGAGCAGUACGCCAAGUUGUAAAGUAUGCGGGAAAGGGCACAAGGGUGAGUGCCGGUUUAAGGACAAGUCGUGUCCUAUAUGUGGGAAGACCGGGCACACGGCUGCGUUGUGCCCGGGGAAAGUAUCGGUGUGCUACAAAUGCUAUCAGCCGGGUCACAAGAAAUCUGAGUGCCCGGAGUUGGUCGGAAAGAAGGAUGACAAGAGUACGCACACUGAGGCACCAAAAGCAAAAGCAAGAUCUUUCCAGUUAACAACAGUGGAGGCAAAAACAGAGCCCGAUGUGGUCUUAGGAGAAUUCCAAGUAGUGGUCGGGAUGGAUUGGCUAUCCCGACACCAUGCGAAAGUCGUAUGUUUCCGCAAGGAGAUAAAAUUAACAUCUCCAAGUGGGAAAUCGGUUACCAUACAUGCCGAGAAAGAGGGUAAACCUGUUAUGUGCUCAAUGCUAAAAGCUCACAAGCUCAUGAGGCACGGUUGUAGGGCAUUCAUGAUAUACGCAAACGAACCAGACAAAGGAUUACUAAAGAUUGAAGACGUACCGGUGGUACGCGAGUAUGCCGACGUAUUUCCGGAAGACCUACCGGGAAUACCGCCAGAACGGGAGGUCACCGGGAUGAAAAACGAGCCACCGGGAAGCUUUACGGGUCAACCAGAAGCAAGGAACACGAAAAACGAAGAAACGGAAUUCGGAGCACCGUCGCCGACACCCAUAUGGGCCGUCGCCGACGACCAUUGUUUAUCACCGUCGCCAAGAUUUCACCGUAGACAGCGUGUUAGGCCGUCGGGUGAAAUGGAACAAGCACACACCGUCGCCGACGGGGCUUCAGGCCGUCGGCGACGGUCCUUCUAUGUUGCAGCCGAGUUUGUUUGCAAAUUAGCUUGUUUUGACGAAUGA